AUGGCGGCGGCCGGCGAAGAGACACCAACCUCCUGCGGACCGCGCCGGGAUCCGCGGACGCGGCCGCCACGGGACGGUUAUGGUGUCUACGUAUACCCAAAUUCUUUCUUCCGAUACGAAGGAGAGUGGAAAGGAGGGAAGAAGCAUGGUCGCGGGAAACUGCUGUUUAAAGAUGGAAGUUAUUACGAAGGAGAGUUUGUGGACGGAGAGAUCACGGGAGAAGGCUGCCAGCACUGGGCCUGGUCAGGAAACACCUACUCCGGACAGUUUGUUCUGGGAGAGCCUCAAGGACGCGGCGUUGUGAAGUACAAAGCCGGUGGAUAUUACGAAGGGGAGGUCGCCCACGGCCUGCGGGAAGGGCACGGCUUCCUGGUGGACCAGGCUGGACAAGUGUACCAGGGCUCGUUCCACAGCAACAGAAGGCACGGCCGUGGGCAGAUGCUCUUUCAGAACGGUGACAAGUAUGACGGCGACUGGGUCCGGGACCAGCGUCAGGGACAUGGGGUGCUGAGCUGUGCGGACGGCUCCGUCUACGAGGGACAGUGGCACAGUGACGUCUUCAGUGGACUGGGCAGCAUGGCCCACUGCUCGGGAGUCGUCUACUGCGGGUUGUGGAUCAACGGCCACCCAGCGGCACAAGCCACGAGGAUGGUGAUUCUGGGCCCAGAGGUGAUGGAAGUGGCCCAAGGAUCCUCCUUCACGUUGAAGGUUCAGCUGCAGCAGGACAGUGGGGAGGUCGCCAAGAAUGAGAACGGCCGGGUCUUGCAGAUCUCAGUGGGCGUCAGGCGAGUGCAGCUGCCAGCCUACUCCGCGGUCAGCUUCUUCAAGGUGGACGAGGACAACCAGGAGACGUCCAUUCGGACUCCGUUUGGCUUCGAGUGCAUCCCUUACCCCCUGUCCACGGGAAUGCUGGCGCCCGGAGCUGCCCUGGAGGGUGCCGGCGCUGACUCGCCCCUGCCCGGGGAACACCUGGAUCCCGCGCUGGAUUCCGGUGCUUUCUGCGGCCAGGACGACGCCCCCGACAGCCAACCCGCCAGGGCCCGCGCGCCCCACCGUCCUGGGGCCUGCCGGCGAGUGAAGCAAGGCUGGGCAGAGUUCGCGGACAUCCUCCUGGGGCCGCCCCCGCCCGGGUACCGCCCCUUCCUGUCCCUGGACAGCCUCUCCCAGGGGGCAGGCAGCAGGUCCAGAGGCGUCCCUGGGGGGACAACGCCCUCGGGACAGGAGCCGCCAGGAAGCAGCAGGCCCCGCGGGACUGCAGCUGAGGACCGGCCCCGUGUGUCUCUUGCAGGCGAGUAUGUGGUCCUGGUCCACGACGUGACCGCUCCUCCGUUCCUGGGCCGCACGCUGCCCACCGCCUGCAAACACCUGCGGGUAUUGGCGCAGGGGGUCGGCCAGCGGCCCCACGUCCCCGAGGAAGGCCCCAAAGCCGCCCACGGACACAGCCCAGUGUCGGCAGUGCCUCCGUGA